AUGCCACCGCGAUCCCCUCAGAACCACGGCGAUCUACAACUCGAUCCUGAGCGCGAGCGACUGCGCAACAAGGAAGCUGCCCUUGAUGCGAGAGAAGCUGCGCUCGACGCGAGACAGCGCGAGCUGGACGAGCUCCAGAGGCGGCUAGAGUGCGACCAGGUGCCUAUCAUAGACCUCCAGGAGAGCAGCGACCUCGACGACGACGACCUCGACGACUUCCUCAGCGGAGGCCGUAGCGACAACACGCUCUCUGGCAGAGGACGUGAGUUCGUGCGACAUGAGAAUAAUGGGGAUGGUCUCUCAAGAGUGCGAGAGUCCAUUGACUCACCCACAAGCAAGCGACUCCGCUCGGGAAAACUCCGCAGUGGUACGGGCGACUCUGAUAGGCUAGGGCGAUCUCAGGUGGACUUCUCUGAGCGACCUGCGAAGCGGCAACGGCAACAGACCACGCAGGGCAUUCAAACCCCUCGUCAGCCUGCCAAUUCAGCCCCUCUCAGGACUCGUUCCGCAACAGUGAGCAGCCAGCGACCCCAGUUCAAGAAGGUCGGCCCUGGCAGGCAGCAAGUAAACGCAGAACGACUCACAUACUGCGGCUUUUUACCUGGCUGCGACGUCCCGACGGCUUUAGCCAGCGACAUCGAAGCGAAAGUGAAAUCGACCGUGAAAUAUUUCGUGGCCCAGAAGCCGAGCAGGGUCAGAACGUGGGCGAGGAGGGGAAACAAGAGCAGCUGGGACUGCUUGCGAACUUUUACCAUGGCUUCCACGAAGACCAAUUGGCACAGCGAGGAAACAAAGCGGAAAUUUGCGUGCACAAGGUGCGAAAGUGGUGGAUUUUUCUGCAUCAUCUCGGCUGAGCCAGAGGGCGAGGGCGAAUUUCUAGACAGUGCGAUUGUGCUUCCGAUGCGCGAGGAAGCGAGGUUGACGGGUGCGACUCCGGAUGACGAGUUUGGCUUCUGGAGAUUGAACAACGGCAAGUGCUGA